UGCACCAGUCACAUUUAGACACGCGUCCAGUGUCUAAAUGUUGUCAAAACAGGUUGUUCAAGUAUCAUUUUCCAUUAUUAUAGAAAGCACUCACAGUAAUGGUAAGUUCUGGAAAUGGAAAGAAAGGGAAAGCUCGUAGGCAUGAUCAUGAGUGAUGAUUUUGCAUCACAGCCUGAACCAAACUUAGAAGCAACAAAGAACAGUACCCUCUGAUUCUCUUGCAGAGUCACAAACACUGUUUGCUUUUGUUUGUCAUUGUUGUGCUGUGUGUGGAUGUCAGGGACAGGAAAGAACCCCAGAGAGAUAACCAUAAAGCUGCUAUGCCCCUCUCUCUCGAAGAUGACCCAAGUGGUGUGGGAGGACCAGAGAAUGGACUUGGGCUCCAUUUCGCGGGCCUUUGGGCUUGACCCAUCAACACUGAGGCUGAACGGUCACUUCAUCAGCAGAGGGGUGGACCUCAUAGCUUCCUCCCUCACUUGGAACUCUCUUCUCUCUUUCUUCUCCUCCAAAGACUUGCCCACUGGCAGAGACCAAUGUGAUGCUCUUCUCGUCACUGGCAAGCUCUGCAAAGUAGGACUCAAGCGCGAGAUUCUGAAAGGCCAAAGCUGCAAGAGAAAGGAACUAUUGGAAGAUGUCAACCUAUUCAAGAAACUAAAAAUAGAUGAGGACAAGUCAGAUAUUGGAGAUAAAAUUGAUGACCACUCUGGGAGCAUUGCACGCAACCAGUUUACGUGCAGCUAUGCAAGUAAGAAUCUGAAGCGGAUACGUGAAGACGAGGCAAUUGUGGCAGCUAACUACAAAAGGAUUAGAUAAAUUAUGUCUCAUUGGGUAGAAAAAAGAACAAAGUAUAGUGCACAUUUGCCAUUUUGUUGUUAGUUAGCUUUUCUCUUCGUUUUGCCCUUUUUGGUAAACAAUAACUGUACAUUUGUUUAUAUGUAUGAUACGCUGUGAAAAUAUAAAAAGAUAACAGAUUCUGUAGAGCCAAUGCUUCACAGGAUGACAAGAUUAAACCUUCCGAGUGCUAGGAAAAUCAAAUUUCU